GGCGAUCCGGGGAUUAGGGACUACGGGAAGCGCCGGCCCAAGCCUGCGCCCAGUGGGGCUACCUAAGUCGUGACGCCAUUACAGGUUCUCUCUACUGGCUUCCAGGAAGGGGAAUGCACCCUGCGUGACUUCCAAGGCUGCCUGCAUGAGCCUGAGGCGCGGCCAACUGCAAGCGCGGAGUGUCAACAGUGUUCAUUGGGUCAGUCUUCUGGUGUUUCAGGGCGCCAUCCUUGCUGCUUGAAAGGAGGCACAUGGUCGCUGUUCGGAGGGGAAAUCCGCCUGGCAAUUCUGGGCACUCUCUUGACAUGGCUCGGAGGGGAAAGAGAAAGGCACCCGCCGCUGUAGAUGAAAACCUUGUCGAUACAGGCAAUGAAGCAAUUCUCAGCAAUCAACGUAGCAACGACGAGGCAGAAGACAGGGAGGAAUUCCAAGACGCGACUGAUGAGGAGAGUCCUGAAGAGGAUAAUGGUGCUUGCAGAAAGCUCGUAGCUUCUGAGGCCGAUGGCUGCGUGGGGCCUGCGUCAGCCGUAUCUCCUCUAGCAGAUGGCCAGAACCCUUUCCACUGCGAUCGACCUGUUCGGGUGUAUGCAGAUGGCAUCUACGAUUUGUUUCACUUUGGUCACGCCAGGGCUUUGGAGCAAGCCAAGAAGCUCUUCCCAAAUGUGUACCUCCUGGUCGGUUGCUGCAAUGACGAGCUGACCCACAAGUACAAGGGCAAAACCGUAUUUACAGAAGAGGAAAGAUACGAGUCACUGCGACACUGCAAAUGGGUUGAUGAGGUGGUCAAAGAUGCACCAUGGGUGGUGACAAAAGACUUCAUUGAAAAGCACGACAUUGACUACGUUGCUCACGACGCCCUUCCUUAUGCUGACGCAAGCGGGAGCGCCGACGAUGUGUAUGGGUGGGUCAAGUCGGUGGGGAAGUUUGCAGAGACAAAGCGAACCGAAGGCAUCUCCACAACAGACAUCAUCAUGAAGAUUCUCAAGGACUACAAUCAGUACAUCAUGCGCAACCUCAACCGCGGCUACUCACGCAAGGAGAUGGGGGUCAGCUAUGUCAAGGAGAAGCAGCUGCGUGUGAACAUGGGCGUGGCCAAGCUGCGCGAGAAGGUGAAGCAGCAGCAGCAGAAGGUGGAGAAGACGGUGCGCGAGCGCCUUGAGAAGAACCAGGAGUACUUCAAGAAGAACGUCAAGGAGAUGACUGACAAUGUCGGCACGGUCGUUGAGUGGGUGGAGAAUGCGGACAAGUGGAUUGCGGGCUUCUUGGGGAAGUUCGAGGAAGGUGUCUACAACGUGGAGAAGAUCAUCACCUACCCUCUACUGCGUCCGAGGCUGACUCGGCAGUCGUCCAAGAAAGACAGUUCGGCAAAGCCAUCUCCAAAGGACAAGGCCAAGACCAGGAGCGAAGAUGGUCCGCCCCCGGCCAAGCGCAUGGCUGUAUAGUGUUGUUCGUGUUAUAGCUCUGAGGGGAUAGAUCGAAGGGAAGACGUACUCACCGUGUAGAGGAGCUUGCUUUGUGUAGGACACUGUACUUUUUCUAGAUCAAGUAGGGAUAGUUGCUGGGUAAACGACGCCCAAUUCAUAAUGGACUGCAUUGAAGGAAGCAAGAGCUCUGGGGGCCUGCUUUCGUUAGCUGUAUGCAGUAGCACGUUGCCACCAAGGCGAGGAGGCUAGCGACAAACAGGUCUAGGAGGCUAGUGGAUCUUGAAGUGCUUUGGGUUUAAAGCUUUCUAAGAUGUGACAUGGAUAGAACCUGUACUGGUAUGAAGGAUUGAUAGAACGCUGUAGGCAGACUUGACACACAUAGGCGUAGGAGCACCUCGCAAAGGCAUGCAUGGAAGUAUUGUGAAGAUUCGGGGACUAUCCUAGGCCAUAGGCUUUGUGUUUCAUAAUCAAUCUUAUACAGUGCCGCUCAGUUGCGCAAAUUUCCGUUCCUUGUGGCAAAGUAUCCCGC